AUGAAGGUAGUGAAUGGCCCUGUCCCUGUCCCUGUCCCUGUCCCUGUCCCUGUCCCUGUCCCUGUCCCUGUCCCUGUCCCUGUCCCUGCAGCGUGUGAGGCGGGGGAGUUCCGCUGCGGGACGGGGCGCUGUCUCGACCCCGCUCUGCUCUGCGAUGGAUACGACGAUUGUGGAGAUGUCAGCGACGAGCAACACUGUGUGUGUGACCUGGAAAAAGAGCAUCGCUGUGGAGACGGUCGCUGUGUGACCAGAGACUGGGUGUGUGACGGAGACCACGACUGUCUGGACAAGAGCGACGAACUCAACUGCUCCUGCAGGAGCCAGGGUCUCCUGGAGUGCCGGAGUGGUCAAUGUGUCCCCAGUGCCUUCCGCUGCGACGGGGAGGACGACUGCAAGGACGGCAGUGACGAGGAGAGCUGCAGUCCUGACCAGAGUAAGGGUGUGUGUGCUCCUGGUCAGCCCAGCUGUGUCUCCUCCUGCCCCCCUGCAUGUGGCGCCCAGGGACCCUGUGACCCCCGCAACUCCACCACCAACUGCACAGGUCGCUGUGAGCCCAUCACCCUGGAGCUGUGUAUGAACCUGCCCUACAACUCCACCAGCUUCCCCAACUACCUGGGACACCAGUCCCAGAGAGAGAGCUCUGUGAGCUGGGAGAGUUCCCUGUUCCCUGCCCUGGUCCAGACCAACUGCUACACCUAUCUCAUGUUCUUCGCCUGCACCAUCCUGGUGCCCAAGUGUGACUCUGUCACACAGCAGAGGGUCCCUCCCUGCAGGUCGUUGUGCCUAAGCUCUAAGCAGCACUGUGAGUCUGUGCUGGGGAUGGUGGGGCUGCAGUGGCCAGAGGAGUCCCACUGCUCUCAGUUCCCUGAAGAGGGCAGCAACGUCACCUGCCUGCUGCCCGACCCCGACGUUCACGAGUGCUCUCCCAGUCACUUCAAGUGCAGAUCAGGCAGGUGUGUGUUGGCCUACAAGCACUGUGAUGGACACACCGACUGUGACGACCACAGUGACGAGGACAACUGUGGGUGUGUGGAGCGAGGCCUGUGGGCCUGUCCGUCCAGCAGGGUGUGUAUCAAACCCUCCAUGAUCUGUGACGGCUUCCCAGACUGCCCUCUGCUGGAGGACGAGCGCAACUGCUCCAUGUGCAGUGAUAACGAGCUGGCGUGUAACAACCACGAGUGUGUUCACCGCACGCUGUGGUGCGACGGCAGAAAGCACUGUUCAGACAGCUCCGAUGAGUGGGACUGUGUGUCUCUGUCCCCAGGAGAGGGCUCCCUGCUGACUGUGUUCAGGACAGCUGUUCACUACCAGGUGUGUGCUGAUGAGUGGACACCUGAGCUCAGCGCUCUCACCUGCUCACAGCUGGGUUUAGGUGCUCCGGUGGCAGUAGAGAUGGUUCCAGACCCCCCCGGGGCUCCCCGGCGUCGCUGGCUCCAUGUUCACCCAGAGUGGAGCCAGAGGAACGGCUCGGCCCUGCAGGGCCUGCUGGAGAAGAGAGGACACUCCUGUCACUCCAGGAGAAGAGUGUCUGUCGUCUGCAGCAGUGAAGACUGUGGGCGUCGGCCUGCGGGGCGUGUGUACAAGCGUGUGCUGGGGGGUCGUGUGUCCCGGCCUGGCCGCUGGCCCUGGCAGUGCUCCCUGCAGAGCGAGCCCAGUGGACACAUCUGUGGCUGUGUCCUCAUCUCUCCACGGUGGGCCCUCACGGUCGCACACUGCUUUGAGGGGAGGGAGAGUGCUGAUCAGUGGAAGGUGGUUCUGGGCAUCACCAACCUGGACCACCCUUCCCCCCACCGACAGAGCAGCGGCGUCACUCGCAUCAUCGCUCACCCCCGCUACAGCCGGGCCGUGGUGGACUACGACAUCAGCGUGGUGCAGCUGGCCCGGGCGGUGCAGGUCACCAGCUACGUGCAGCCGGUCUGCCUGCCCCGCCCAGGACAGCUGCCCAUCCCAGACACCUACUGCUACAUCACAGGCUGGGGACACAUGGGCAACCGCAUGCCCUUCAAGCUGCAGGAGGGAGAGGUGAGGAUCAUCUCCCUGCCUCAGUGCCAGGCCUACUUUGACACCAAGACCAUCACCUCACGCAUGCUGUGUGCCGGCUACGAGGCAGGCACGGUUGACUCCUGCAUGGGAGACAGCGGAGGGCCCCUGGUGUGUGAGGAGCCGUCCGGGGGCCGCUGGCGUCUGUUUGGCCUGACGUCCUGGGGCUCGGUGUGCUUCUCUAAGGUGCUGGGUCCUGGAGUCUACAGCAACGUCACACACUUCACCCAGUGGAUCCACAGACAGAUUUACCUGCACUCCUUCCAGCUCAACUAGCUCUCUCACACACACACACACACACACACACACACACACAGACACACACUCUCUGGUAUGCGCAUCCCCACUCUCCCCCUGCCAACCACGUAAGUGUAGAGUAGGAAGAGGAGGACCUUUCUUCUCUACUUCCUGUGUCCCACCGUCGAAGGAGGAAGUGGUGUUUUACUUCCUGUGUCCCACCGUCGAAGGAGGAAGUGGUGUUUUAGGACGGCUUGUUCCACAUGUUACCACUGUCUUCGUGUGUUACACACACUUAUAUACGUAUACACUCUCAUACACACACACUUAACUCACACACACUCAUAUAGACACUCAUGCACACACAGCCUUCGUUGUACUCUCAACAUGUGUGUGUUCAGAAUACAUGUACAAUAUGUACCUACGGUGUGUGUGUGUGUGUGCACACUCAGAGGUGCCUAUAGCAAUCCUUCUCUCCUGUCUUCAGCGAUAGUUUGGUCAGAGGAAGGAGGCUGGGAUGGGACCUUCUAGAACUCUCCUGGAAGUCUAGAAACGUUGUGUGUAGCUUCAGGGGCAGCAGCUGUUAGACUGUGUGUCCAGCAGAGGGCAGCAGCUGUUAGACUGUGUGUCCAGCAGAGGGCAGCAGCUGUUAGACUGUGUGUCCAGCAGAGGGCAGCAGUGUGUAGAGCAGAGCUCCCUUCAUUACUAGUGCUAGUAGAGAUGAGUACAGUUUUGUGUGUGUUUUGUACUGUGGUUUAUGUCAUUAGUGUACCUGUGUGUGUCUGUUGACACCUGUAUGGUCUGUGUAUUCAACAUUCCAGAGUAACUGUUUGUGAUUUUCUAAGCCUGUUUUUCUACCUCUGGUGUUUUAUAUGUGAGGUGUGUUAGAGAGGAUAGCUCUCCACUGUCUGCACUUCUGACCCACGCACACCACCCUGCAGCAGGGGAGGGAGGAGAGGAGAGGGAGGAGAAGAGAGGGAGGAGAAGAGAG